UCCCGCCCCCCGCGCCCUGCAACAAGAUGGCGGGAUCGGUGGCCGAGCGGGAGGCGGCGGCGGCGGCCGUGGUGAAACUAGAUGACGGGCAUUUGAACAACUCCCUGGGAUCUCCCGUGCAAGCAGAUGUGUAUUUUCCACGCCUCAUCGUACCAUUUUGCGGGCACAUUAAAGGAGGAAUGAGGCCGGGCAAGAAGGUCUUAGUGAUGGGGAUCGUAGACCUCAAUCCUGAGAGUUUUGAGAUCAGCCUGACGUGUGGGGAGUCUGAAGAUCCUCCUGCUGAUGUGGCCAUUGAACUGAAGGCUGUGUUUACAGACCGGCAGCUGCUAAGAAACUCCUGUAUAUCUGGUGAGCGGGGUGAAGAACAGUCAGCAAUUCCCUACUUUCCAUUCAUCCCAGACCAGCCAUUUAGGGUUGAAAUUCUUUGCGAGCACCCUCGUUUCAGAGUAUUUGUGGACGGACACCAACUUUUUGAUUUUUACCAUCGAAUUGAAACGUUGUCAGCCAUUGACACGAUAAAGAUAAACGGAGACCUCCAGAUCACUAAACUGGGCUGAACUUGUUCAGACUCUCAAUUCCAAACGAGAUCAGGGAUGACCCUCUGUCUGGAAGAGCUGUCCUAGCUGGAUCUGGAGACUUUUAAAGGCAAGCUUCACUGCCUCUGCUGUGUGUGCAGUUUAAACCCAAAUGAUGAACUGAAGUAUGAUUUACCUGAAUGAAAAAAGCUGUUGGCUAAUAGACACUGAGCCAUCCUUCAUGGAACAAAUUUCACCCAUUAAUGCUGGAUGUUCAGAGUUGUUUUGAAUCGAGUUGACAUUAUUAAGAGUUUAGGGCUUAAUCGGCAACAGUUUAUCAGUUUUCAAAUGGGAACAUUACAUCGACAUCAGAAAUGCUCAACCAUUUUUAACACAGACAAGUCUUCUUGUGCAAAUAUUGUUUCUGCACUGAAGUGGAUGAGUGUAGCACAAUCAAAAAUAUAUAUUUUAGUCAGGGUAUUAAAUAGAAUAUAGGUUGUUAAAGUUUUUUGCACAACGUAAUGUUAUUACAAUUUUUAAGGCUUUCUUGUAGUUUAUUUAUUUAUACUCGAUGUAUGAAUUAGAAAAAUAAGAAAUGUUAUUGAGCAUCAAGGACAGCAAGUACAAGAGUUUGGAAUGUACAGAUGUCUUAGGUUCUUUGGGUAAAUUAAACAUAUCGUUCUUCAAACACGUCACAUUCUUCUUGAACAAUUUAGUUCUUGGAGUGCCCUUUAACAGCAUAAGAUUAAGUCUGAUGGCAUCAUUGCUCUGAGUGCUUUAUGGGGAGCUUUGCAAUUUUUCAACGAAAUGACAAAAGAAGAUGAAAGAUAUUUUUUAUGUAUAGUUUGUAUUUUGGUUGUUUAAGUUCCUUACUGUGAAUCAAAAGCUUUGGGGUUCCCUAGGAUUAUCGGUCAUCUCUAGAAUUACCUAAGUUAUUAAAUUUAAUAUAAGACACUUAUAACUGCGAAGACAAUUUAAAAGUAUAUUGUAGCAACAUAUAAAGAUGUUUUGGACAGCCAACACAAUGAAACUCUAGUAAAAGUCACUCAGAGAAAGAGUUUUCAAAAGAUAUUAUAUCUAUCUACGUAUAUAGAUAGGUGUGUGUGUGUGUUUGUGUAGAUAUAUACAUAUAUCUACCCACUUCAAGCCAACAAAAACAGGAGAAUUUCACAGGUGAUUUAGCCUUAAUACCUAAGGAUUAUACCUGAUUUGGUCUUCUGUGGUGCCUCAAAGCAGUUCCAGUUUCCCGCUAGGCUAAUCAGGCUGGAAGCAUUACUCCAUGAAUUUCAUUGUUAGGCUCCCACUUGGCCAGGUUUCUGAGGUCAGCACAAGUUGAGUGCACCCCCUCAGAUUACCCAGAAACAUCCGCCAACUCACUGGGACAAUCAAAUGGUUGGGCACCCAGAGCGGGAAAUCGGUUACCCCAUGAUACAGAACAAGUUCUGGCUUCUGAAUUUCCUAAAUUGGGUUGAUGGAUGCCAGCCUCUCAACAUUGCUUUUAAGAUAGCUGGGACUGAAAAUGGGAUGGGGGUGGUGAAUGGGCAGGUGUAGUUAUAUAUUAUUUGGAUUUUGUCUGUACUGAGCAUUGAGUCUUGCUAUGUCAUGUUCUUGUCUUGCUUUGCUUCUUUUACACAACUCGCAGGCACUGAAUGACUGUGUUAAGAAUGUAGACAGUGUUUCGGUACCAAAGCACAUUCACUUGUAAACAAAGGAAACACAAGUUUGAAUCUUUUACAGACGAUGCAUUUGGAUUCUCCCCUAGCUUUUGAAACCUGAACGAAUUGUUGUGUCAUAGGAAGAGACUCUAGCAGAGACUUUGUUUUGGGCAGGUGUGGAUUUUUAUACCCCAGCCAUCCUUUAAAGCACUCCCUGGGUGCCAGUCAGUCAGCAAGUAGUAUUUAUUAAGUGCUUACUCUGUGCAGAGCAUUAUGCUAAAUGCUUGGGAGAGUGCAAGACAACAGAGUUGGAAGACAUGUUCCCUGCCCAUGAGGAGCUUUCAGUCUAGAGGGGUGUUUAUAUUGCCAGAUCUGCCUCUCCUACUGCACUGCUACACUCUGGCUCCCAGCUGGGCCCGGCCCUAGGUUUAACGAAUCAACAGGACCCGAAAAAUGGGUAAGUAUCCCAAAGGAAGUCUGUAUCAAACCAGAAGGGGAGCCGAAUCGAUCCGAUGGUCGUGAAGUUGGACUUUACCAAAAAAGGUCACCACUGAUUUCCUGCCUAAUUCAUCUAGAACUGGAGGGAGCUGAGGAGGAUGACUGAGUAUGACUAUCUCCUAACUCAGUAGCCGGCUGUUUAAGCAGUUUAGUGGCAAAAACCCAGUGUUAAUGCUUUCUGACUUAAACUCCUCGCUACCUGGCAAUAUGCACCAGUGUAAUUCCUUUCGGCAUUAAUUUUAACCAUGGGAAAGAAAUUUCAGUGAGUAGUUAAAAAAAUCUUGCUGCCCUAAUCUCUAACAGUUUUAAAAAAGAAUCGUCAUCUGGAUCAUCAACACGAGAGAUCCAAAAUAGGAAAGUUUGGGUAAGCAGUGUGAUUUGAGGUGUCACUGAAAAAUGUGGUCAGGAGGAUACUGUUUCAGGCCAGAGUCUGAGUUUCCCAAGAGGAAAUCAGUGGUAUUUAUUGAGCGCUUGCUGUGUGCAGAGCACUAGGCUAAGCACUUGAGAGAGUACAAUACAACAGAGUUGGUAGAAAUGCUCCCUGCCUACAACCAGCUUACAGUCUAGAGACAGAUAUUAAGAGAUAAGCCUUGAUAAACAUAAAUCUAGACUCUGGGAAAGUAGGCAGAGUUUUAGAGAACUCUGGCCAGCAUCUUCAUCUGUCCUGAAAUGAAUACAUUUAAAAUGUAUUUGGAGUGAAUGCACUUCCUUAGAUAGCCCAAAUAGGCUGGCGAAUCUUGGGAGUCAUGGAGGUUAAGGUUGACUUGGCAUUGGUUAAAGCAAAUCCUUCCAUUUUAUUCUAGAAAUCAAACUAAGGCAGGGAGAGAAUGUUGCCUUCACUAAAGCAGCCUUGAAUUUCUUCAGCAUUAUGUAGAGAUAAUAUUCCUGUGAAAUAUUUUCCAAGAAACCCUUUCUUAUUUGCUGCAUGGUGUAAAAUGUUGCCAAUUGUGUUCUUCCCUUAAGUCACUGGUGAAAAUAUUUGCACUACAAUAAAAGUGUUUUGUACUAAGUGUUUUCACAUUUUCUAACAACCCAGAAAACAACUAAAGAGUGUAUUCCAUUUCCUCUUCCUUUGUAGCCCUACUCCCCAAAGUGGUAGUGA